CCGCGUGCGGCUCGGCGGCGCGGCAAUGCCCACCAACUUCACCGUGGUGCCGGUGGAGGCGCAGGGCGGGGAGCGGGACUCGGCGGAGCGGGAUGCGUGGCGACAGGAGGAGGAGGAGGACAACAGAGACCGGAGCUGCGGAGAUGGUGUUUCCAGGGAAAGUAGUCCAUUUAUUAACAGUGCAGAGAUGGACAGAGGAAACAUGUACGAAGGUAAAAAUAUGGCUCUCUUUGAGGAGGAAAUGGAUAGCAAUCCAAUGGUGUCAUCUCUUCUUAACAAACUAGCAAACUACACAAAUGUGACUCAAGGUGUGGUGGAACAUGAAGCAGAUGAAGAUAGCAAGCGAAAGGAAGUCAAGGUUCCACGAAUGGGCACAUUUAUUGGUGUGUAUCUCCCUUGCUUGCAAAACAUCUUGGGAGUUAUUCUUUUCCUGCGUUUGACAUGGAUUGUAGGAACAGCUGGAGUUCUUGAAUCUUUCAUCAUUGUUUUCAUGUGCUGUGCUUGUACUAUGCUAACUGCAAUUUCAAUGAGUGCAAUAGCAACAAAUGGUGUGGUUCCAGCUGGAGGCUCCUAUUACAUGAUUUCAAGAUCUUUAGGACCAGAGUUUGGUGGAGCAGUGGGACUUUGUUUUUACCUGGGUACAACCUUUGCAGGAGCAAUGUACAUUCUUGGUACCAUUGAAAUCCUAUUGACUUACAUUUCUCCAAGUGCCGCCAUAUUUAAAGCAGAAGAGGUUGGUGAAGAAACAGAGGCCAUGCUGAACAACAUGAGAGUUUAUGGGACAUGUAUUAUCAUUCUGAUGGCCAUAGUAGUUUUUGUGGGAGUCAAGUAUGUCAACAAACUUGCACUAGUCUUCCUUGCCUGUGUGAUUCUAUCCAUCAUUGCCAUAUAUGCUGGAGUUAUUAAGACUGCUAUUGACCCACCCGACUUUCCCAUCUGUCUUCUUGGAAACCGUACCUUGUCAAAGCGCAGCUUUGAUGUCUGUGCCAAAUUUACUGAAAGGAAUAAUGAAACAAAGACCACAAACUUGUGGCUGCUCUUCUGCAAUAGUUCUUUGCCUACUGCUAUGUGUGAUGACUACUUCAGCCUCAAUAAUGUAACAGAAAUUCAAGGGAUUCCAGGAAUACUGAGUGGAGUUCUAAUUGAUAAUCUGUGGAGCACCUAUUCGGAGAAAGGAUCAAUAGUUGAGAAAAAAAGUCAGCCAUCAAUUUCUGGAUCAGAAGACAUAAAAAUGGGUGGACGUCCUUAUGUUUUCACAGACAUCAUGACCUACUUCACAGUGCUUGUAGGGAUUUAUUUCCCAUCUGUAACAGGUAUUAUGGCAGGUUCAAACAGAUCUGGUGAUCUUAAGGAUGCUCAGAAAUCUAUUCCUACUGGAACAAUUUUAGCUAUUUCUACUACUUCUUUUAUUUAUCUUUCUUGCAUAGUGUUGUUUGGUGCCUGUAUAGAAGGUGUGGUAUUAAGAGAUAAGUUUGGUGAAGCAGUUGAUGGAAACCUAGUGGUUGGUACACUGGCCUGGCCUUCUCCAUGGGUUAUUGUGAUUGGUUCAUUCUUUUCAACAUGUGGUGCUGGUCUCCAAAGUCUGACUGGUGCACCCCGUCUGUUGCAAGCCAUUGCAAGAGAUGGCAUUGUACCAUUUAUUCAAGUAUUCGGACAUGGAAAGGCGAAUGGAGAACCAACAUGGGCUCUGCUCCUCACUGCUGCUAUUUGUGAAAUAGGAAUUCUGAUAGCUUCUUUGGACAAUGUUGCACCCAUUCUUUCAAUGUUUUUCCUGAUGUGCUAUAUGUUUGUAAAUCUGGCUUGUGCAGUUCAAACGCUCUUACGAACUCCCAACUGGAGACCUCGUUUCAAGUAUUACCACUGGACUCUUUCAUUCCUGGGAAUGAGUUUAUGUCUUGCCUUGAUGUUCAUUUGCUCUUGGUACUAUGCUUUGAUUGCCAUGCUAAUCGCAGGAUGUAUAUACAAAUACAUAGAAUAUAGAGGAGCGGAAAAAGAGUGGGGUGAUGGAAUACGAGGACUCUCUUUGAAUGCAGCUCGCUAUGCUUUGCUUCGUGUUGAAGAUGGUCCUCCUCACACCAAAAACUGGAGACCCCAACUUCUGGUCUUGUUAAAUUUGGAUUGCGAACAGUUGGUGAAGCAUCCGCGAUUGCUUUCUUUCACUUCUCAGCUGAAAGCUGGUAAAGGGCUGACUAUUGUGGGAUCUGUGCUUCAAGGAACCUACUUGGAUAGAUGUGUAGAAACUCAGAAAGCCGAAGAGAAUGUUAAAGCUUUAAUGGGAGUCGAAAAGACUAAAGGAUUUUGCCAGAUUGUGGUAUCUCCUAGUUUCAGAGAUGGAAUAUCACAUUUAAUUCAGUCAGCUGGCCUAGGAGGAAUGAAACACAAUACAGUUUUGAUGGCAUGGCCACAGUCCUGGAAGCAGACAGAAAAUCACUUCUCUUGGAAAAAUUUUGUUGACACUGUACGAGAAACAACUGCAGCUCAGCAAGCUUUAUUGGUGGCUAAAAACAUCGACUUGUUUCCAACAAAUCAAGAACGUUUUACUGAAGGAAACAUAGACAUCUGGUGGAUUGUUCAUGAUGGUGGAAUGUUGAUGUUGCUGCCUUUUCUUCUUCGUCAACACAAGGUUUGGAGAAAAUGUAAGAUGCGUAUCUUCACGGUUGCUCAAAUGGAUGAUAACAGCAUCCAAAUGAAGAAAGAUCUUCAGAUGUUCUUGUACCAUCUUCGCCUCAAUGCUGAAGUGGAAGUUGUUGAAAUGUUUGAAAAUGAUAUUUCUGCAUUCACAUAUGAGAAGACACUAAUGAUGGAACAGCGAUCCCAGAUGCUAAAACAGAUGCAGCUAUCAAAAAAUGAAAGGGAAAGAGAGGCUCAGUUGAUCCAUGACAGAAACACAGCCUCACGCUCAGCUCCAGCUGUCAAAGCAAGUGUGGCUGCUGCCAUGCCAGAAAAAGUGCAAAUGACCUGGACUAAAGAGAAGUUUGUAGCUGAAAAACAUAAAAACAAAGACACAAAUGUGUCAGGUUUUAAAGAUAUUUUCAGCAUGAAGCCGAAUCAGUCAAAUGUGAGAAGAAUGCACACUGCUGUGAAGCUCAAUGGAGUGGUGCUUAAUAAAUCGCAACAUGCUCAGCUAGUUCUCCUGAAUAUGCCUGGACCUCCUAAAAACAGAAAAGGAGAUGAAAACUACAUGGAGUUUUUGGAAGUUCUAACAGAAGGCCUGGACAGAGUUCUCCUGGUCCGAGGCAGUGGACGUGAAGUCAUCACCAUUUAUUCUUAACCUUGGUUUUUUUCUUUUUUUUUUUUUUUUUUAAAUUUUCUUUCGAAUGAAGGGAACAAAAUGUAUAAAGUCUAUCUGAUGUAAUUGGAGCAGCUUCAUUUAAGAGCUUGAGCACAUGGGAAAAAUGAAAAUCGAGGUGUGGUUGUUUUCCUGCUAAAAUGUUAUAUUUAAAAGUAUAUUUUGAAGACCUGUGAGAACACUUCUGUAGUGGGUUAGUAAAUCCUGACUGGAUUAGGAUGUGUAUAGUAUACCAUGAUGUGUUAAUCUGUGCUGAAACAACAAAUCGUAAUGCUGUGUUAUUUUUAAACAUACAGAAAUACAAGGAACUUCUGUUUUCUUUAUCUUUGUUCUGCUUCUAAAUAAAAGGGAAAGUUUGCUUCCUCACUUACUAAGAUGCUGCUAUGUUGCUUCUGAUGGGGUUAGUCCCUGGUUCAGGAAACUUCAUUUAGAAAUGUAUAAAAGUAAUCAAAUUUACAUGUUUUGCAUUCUGUAAAGUAUUUCCCUGAAGUUUAUGAUUUGCCACGUCUGUUUUAAAUAACAUUCUCUGUUUAAAAUACUUCAGGCAAGGAAUUAAAAGGCUCCAGGUGAGGGUAAUAGUAAGCUGCAAGCGUUUCUUUCAUGUGAACUACUAGCAGAUUAAGGAAUACUGCCCAAUUAAGACAAUGUAAGUCAUAGGAAUUCCAUGAUGCAGUAUUGCCACCUGCUGGAGAUAAAAUUACAGCAACUGGUAAACAAUUGACCAAUGAAGUGUAAUCUCAUUUUCAAAUGUGUGUAUUUCGAUCAGAGUUGCAUGCAUGUGCUGCUAUGAAAAUACAGCUCUUCUGAAAAAAAAUCUCGGAUCUGUUAUUUGUACUCGGUAAAUAGUUUGAGCGCUGAAUUCUUCUGAGGAAAAAAUUGCCCCUGUUGACAUUCAUUGCUGCUUGCUGAACAUUUAUGGAGACCAAACAGUAGACAUGAGCAUAACGAGGUGCUGGGUGGUGUGUUUCAGCAGUGCUAGCAGUGAUGAGAAAGAUGAGCUGCGCACCAGAUAGCUGUGCACUGCUGUCACACCACAAAAGGAGCAGUGGCUCCUUCAGCUCAUCUGUGUGAGUCAGUCCAUUACGGCCUGAAAGCUGAGUAUGGAACUGAGUAUCAGCUUCUGUGCGCAGCAAAGCAAAGGUGGCAAUGUUGGAAUAUUGCAGAGUUUGCACCAGUUGGUCCAUGAAUGCUCACACACGAACAGAAAGAACACCAUAUUCACAUAACUUCCUCAGCAACCGGUGUAAUACUAACAAACAUAUUAGAUGAAGUUCAUUUGUUGGUUUUGUUUUUUUCUUCUGUUUUUCUCCUCCUGCUGCAUCUUUGGGCAUGGAGAUCUCACAGGAAAUACUAUUAUAUCAUCCUACUCAGGGAAAUGGAUCAAAACUACUUAACCAGUAGCAGUAACAGAAAAUAAAAAAUGAUAUGAAGUGUUGUUAGAGGUAAAAAAUAAUA